AGCAAUGGGUGCACUCGACUAUAUUGCUUACUUUUGCACUGUCACCAGCACAAGACACAGGCGUAAACCUCUUCAGACAGUUGAGAUCAAAGUUAAAAUGGACUGUGAUGGUUGUGAAAGAAGGGUAAAGAGUGCUGUGACUUCUCUCAAAGGAGUGAGAUCAGUAGAAAUAAGCAGAAAACAGAGCAAAGUAACAGUGACAGGGCAUGUGGAUCCAAACAAGGUACUAAAAAAAGUGAAGAAUACAGGAAAAAAAAGAGCAGAAUUUUGGCCCUACAUUGAGCAUAAUUUAGUGGCAUAUCCUUAUAUUGCUGGAGCCUAUGAUAAACGAGCACCUGCUGGCUAUGUUAAAGAUGUUCCUCAAGCUUACCCUUCUUACACCAUUCCCCAAGAGAAUUUUUCCAAUAUGUUUAGUGAUGAUAAUCCUAAUGCUUGUUCCAUUAUGUAAACAUUUGUAUUUAUAAAUUAUUAUUAAUCUUCUUGAAAAUAAAAAAUUUUGUGAACUACUUUGUUAGAGAUCAAUGUAAA